GCACCCUGCUGACACGCAGACAACAGGGCAACACACCGGCCAACCACUAACUGCUGUAAUUCUCCGGCAAUGCCGCCGGUGAUUCCUCCAGCGCCUCCACCACUACCGCCGUCGGAGCCCUAAGAGUGUCACCCCCAGUGCAACGCCGCUACUGGAAUCUGACUGAUCUCGAGGCUCCGACGAUGGAUCAGCCCAAGCAAUCGUCGCCUCAGAACCUGAAACACCGGGUUUUCACCUGCCUCACCAAGCUUUCCGACCGGGAUACCCAGUCCAUCGCCGCCACGGAGCUCGAGUCCAUUGCUCGAACCCUCACUCAGGACCUGCUCCCGCCGUUUCUAUCAUGCAUUCACCAGACCGACCCCUCCGACAAGUCUCCGGUCCGCAAACAAUGCGUCAGACUCCUCGGAAUCCUCUCUGAGACCCACGGGGAUGCCCUGUCACCCUUCCUCUCGAAAAUGCUCUCUAACCUUAUCCGCCGACUCCGUGACCCCGACUCCGCCGUCCGAUCCACAUGCAUCAAUGCCAUCUCCGCCAUGUCCUCUCACAUCACCAAACCUCCGUUCUCCUCCAUUGUUAAGCCGCUCGCUGAAACUCUAUUCACUGAGCAGGAUCACAACGCGCAGAUCGGCGCCUCGUUGUGCCUCGCUUCGGCGAUCGACGCUGCGCCGGAUCCGGAUCCUGCACUGUUGCGAAGGCUGUUGCCGAGGAUCGAGAAGCUCCUGAAGUGUGAUAGCUUCAAAGCGAAGCCGGCGGUUUUGACUCUAAUUGGAAGCAUUGUGGAAGCCGGUGGUGCGACGAGUUACAAUGUGGUGAAGAAUUUGGUGCCUUGUGCGGUGGGAUUUUUGAGCAGUGAGGACUGGGCGGCAAGGAAGGCGGCGGCAGAGGUUCUUGUGAAGCUGGCUGUGAUGGAGAGAGAUAUGUUGUCGGAGUUCAAGUCUUCUUGUCUGAAGACAUUUGAGGCUCGAAGAUUCGACAAGGUGAAGGCUGUGAGAGAUACUAUGAAUCAGAUGUUGGGAGCUUGGAAGGAGAUUCCUGAUGUUUCCAAUGAUGUCUCGCCACCGCCGCAAUCACAAUCAUCUUCCAAAGAGAAUGCAAGUGAUGGGCGCUACCCACUUGAGUCCAGAAAUUCUUGCACUGGUGGCUCUGAAGUGCCUCUGAUGAGGAAGAAAUCCAUUCCAACCAGUAUAUCGCCUCAGCUCAAUAGUUCAUCUGCAACCACUGUGAGGAGGAGAGGUCCUGUAGAUAAAUCAGGUUCAGCAAUGUUCCGGAAGCUGGAGCGUAAGAAGCCUUCUGAUUUGAAAGUGGAAGUUACUGCUCCUCAUGCUCCCUCUGCCAUGAGGAUUCGUGAGGAUGGCCUUAAGAAGAAAGAUGAGAAAGCUCCAGAAAGAGGGGAGAAUGAGAAAAAUAGGUUCACAAAGCCAGAAACAAGGCGAGUCCUCUUCACUAAGAAUUCAGAUGACAUGAUGAAUAAGUUUGGUGGAUUCAGGUCUGGAUCUCGUGUGGUUCCAUAUCAAGAGGAGAAUUCUGAGACUACUGUUGAAGUGAGUAACACUACUGAGGUUCCGCAUAGAAACCAUAAAGAGGGUGAGGAUCUAUCUCUGAUCCGUAAGCAGCUUGUUCAGAUUGAAAACCAGCAAUCCAGUCUGCUAGAUCUCCUCCAGAAAUUCAUGGGAAGCUCCCAGAAUGGAUUGAGAUCUCUGGAGACGCGUGUUCAUGGCCUAGAGCUCGCAUUGGACGAGAUCUCAUUUGACUUGGCUGUGUCAAACAGAAGGAUGUCAAGCACAGACACUGCAGGAGCCACAUGCUGCAUGCUACCUGGUGCUGAUUUUCUGAGCUCCAAGUUUUGGAGGAAAACAGAAGGCCGGGGAUCAACAUCAAGGUUUUCUCCUUCUCAUGCCACUCAAUCAGGCACUGCCAUGCGCUACAUAGCUGGAAAGAAUGACAAUGCUGGAACAUUCAAGUCGGAGAACCUAAGGUUUCGGCUCCAGGGUGGUGGUGGAUUUGUUGUGAAUCCAUUGGCCGAGAUUCCCAGUGAUUCAAGGGAUAUUUCAGAAGUCUCGUCAAAUAGAAUUUCAAGGAAUGCUCACGAGACUGCCUAGCCGUGACUGACAAAUUACAAAUAAGUAUAUAACCAUGGAAGUGUAAGUUUCAAUUCCAGCCUUAUUCCACCUAGCUACGUCACGGAGUCUUACUAUUGUUGAUGAGAACUGCUGCAUGAUAGUUGGAACGUAAGGUUUGAGUCAUUUUCAGCAGACAAUGAAGAAGCCCCGAUAUAAUGAAGGAAAGUCGAAGGCGGCUUAUCUUGUUGCAGAUAUGCGUUGGGUAAUAGAGCAGUUGCUUGAGGAUUGCAUAAUGGAAGCACUUAGAGUUGAGUGAAUACUGGUGGAAGCAGAUUACCCUAUAAAAGUCCAUCUCUCCAUACCCUCAGUAAAGUUGAUUCAACUCUAAUAAUCCAUUACUUAGUACAGUAAUAUUUUCCCAUGUCAUUGAAUUCCUUUCUUUCAAGUAAAAUUGAAGACGAGAGAGAGAAAAAAAAGAAGAGUUAACCGCCGCCAUGUUGCAAUGGUGGGACCUGUAUAGAGAAAACGUUUUUUUUUUUUUGUUUUUUUUGUUUUUCUGUCAAAAACCUGGAUGGGUAUUUGUUAUCACUGAAUAUGAAGUGAGAAUGAAGGUGUGAUUAUGGUUACUA